UAGCCAAUUGAACCUAUUGUGGGGAGCCUUUAGCCAAUUGAACCUAGUGUGGGGAGCCUUUAGCCAAUUGAACCUAGUGUGGGGAGCCUUUAGCCAAUUGAACCUAGUGUGGGGAGCCUGCACAUUUGGGUUGAUGUUUUAAACUUUGAAAGUCUCCCCUUUCUGUAACUCUUUAGUGUCUAGUAUUUGUACUAUUCAAUAUCCAGUAUCCCUCAAAUACUAUCAGUAUACUGAACAGCAUUCACUAUGGGCCUGUUUCCCUGACCCAGAUUAAGACUAUGGGCAAAAAGCAAGGCAAAGCACCUUUUUUAUUUUUUUGAACAGCGAUAGAUUUAAUCUGGGUCAGGGAAACGGUCUCUGUUUAUAAUACAACGGGGGGUCUAAUCUUGGACGCUGAUUGGUUAAAACCACAGUGCAGCCUGUGUCUUUUCCACAAAUUACCACCGGCUAAAACUAUGAUGUUUAAAUGCCUAUUUAAUCAAUCAAUCAAUCCAAUUUUAUUUAUAUAGCCCUUCGUACAUCAGCUGAUAUCUCAAAGUGCUGUACAGAAACCCAGCCUAAAACCCCAAACAGCAAGCAAUGCAGGUGUAGAAGCACGGUGGCUAGGAAAAACUCCCUAGAAAGGCCAAAACCUAGGAAGAAACCUAGAGAGGAACCAGGCUAUGUGGGGUGGCCAGUCCUCUUCUGGCUGUGCCGGGCGGAGAUUAUAACAGAACAUGGCCAAGAUGUUCAAAUGUUCAUAAAUGACCAGCAUGGUCGAAUAAUAACAAGGCAGAACAGUUGAAACUGGAGCAGCAGCAUGGCCAGGUGGACUGGGGACAGCAAGGAGUCAUCAUGUCAGGUAGUCCUGGGGCAUGGUCCUAGGGCUCAGGUCCUCCGAGAGAGAGAAAGAAAGGAGAGAAUUAGAGAACGCACACUUAGAUUCACACAGGACACCGAAUAGGACAGGAGAAGUACUCCAGAUAUAACAAACUGACCCUAGCCCCCCGACACAAACUACUGCAGCAUAAAUACUGGAGGCUGAGACAGGAGGGGUCAGGAGACACUGUGGCCCCAUCCGAGGACACCCCCGGACAGGGCCAAACAGGAAGGAUAUAACCCCACCCACUUUGCCAAAGCACAGCCCCCACACCACUAGAGGGAUAUUUACUCUGUUUCAUCUCACUAUGCUAUCCACUGUCUCAUCAGCCCAGCCAGGCAAUUUAUAAACUUUAUCUCCACUGUAAAAAGCAUCUAAACAUUAUCUCUAAUUUCUUUUAGACUAACAUUUUGUUUUUCAAUAGUGGAGAUUUAUAUAAAACUUGCUGUCUAUCCCUGACAUUUGCAACAUUGUUUCAAUAUUGAAAUGAGAUCUCCAGCUGUCCCAUAGUAAAUGAGAUCUCCUGCUGUCCCAUAGUAAAUGAGAUCUCCAGCUGUCCCAUAGUAAAUGAGAUCUCCAGCUGUCCCAUAGUAAAUGAGAUCUCCAGCUGUCCCAUAGUAAAUGAGAUCUCCAGCUGUCCCAUAGUAAAUGAGAUCUCCAGCUGUCCCAUAGUAAAUGAGAUCUCCAGCUGUCCCAUAGUAAAUGAGAUCUCCAGCUGUCCCAUAGUAAAUGAGAUCUCCAGCUGUCCCAUAGUAAAUGAGAUCUCCAGCUGUCCCAUAGUAAAUGAGAUCUCCAGCUGUCCCAUAGUAAAUGAGAUCUCCAGCUGUCCCAUAGUAAAUGAGAUCUCCAGCUGUCCCAUAGUAAAUGAGAUCUCCUGCUGUCCCAUAGUAAAUGAGAUCUCCAGCUGUCCCAUAGUAAAUGAGAUCUCCAGCUCUCCCAUAGUAAAUGAGAUCUCCUGCUGUCCCACAGUAAAUGAUAUCUCCAGCUGUCCCAUAGUAAAUGAGAUCUCCAGCUGUCCCAUAGUAAAUGAGAUCUCCAGCUGUCCCAUAGUAAAUGAGAUCUCCAGCUGUCCCAUAGUAAAUGAAUGUGUCGGGGUUGGGAGUCCAGGAGAGGCAGAAAGGCAGGCAGCUUUUCUCAACCAGUCAAAAUCAUGAAUCAGCAUUUUUUUUAUGUACACAUACAAAGAAAUGUCAGUGGAAAACAGGUCAAACUAAACAAAAAGCAGCUAAUUUGCCGUCUUUCCAGCUACAAUUUGAAAUGAUUGUGUUGGCUGUGUUGUUGGCUGUGUUGUUGGCUGUGUUGUUGGCUGUGUUGUUGGCUGUGUUGUUGGCUGUGUUGUUGGCUGUGUUGUUGGCUGUGUUGUUGGCUGUGUUGUUGGCUGUGUUGUUGGCUGUGUUGUUGGCUGUGUUGUUGGCUGUGUUGUUAGCUGUGUUGUUGGCUGUGUUGUUGGCUGUGUUGUUAGCUGUGUUGUUAGCUGUGUUGUUGGCUGUGUUGUUGGCUGUGUUGUUGGCUGUGUUGUUGGCUGUGUUGUUAGCUGUGUUGUUAGCUGUGUUGUUAGCUGUGUUGUUAGCUGUGUUGUUGGCUGUGUUGUUGGCUGUGUUGUUAGCUGUGUUGUUGGCUGUGUUGUUGGCUGUGUUGUUGGCUGUGUUGUUGGCUGUGUUGUUGGCUGUGUUGUUGGCUGUGUUGUUGGCUGUGUUGUUGGCUGUGUUGUUAGCUGUGUUGUUGGCUGUGUUGUUGGCUGUGUUGUUGGCUGUGUUGUUAGCUGUGUUGUUGGCUGUGUUGUUGGCUGUGUUGUUAGCUGUGUUGUUAGCUGUGUUGUUGGCUGUGUUGUUGGCUGUGUUGUCGGCUGUGUUGUUAGCUGUGUUGUUGGCUGUGUUGUUAGCUGUGUUGUUAGCUGUGUUGUUGGCUGUGUUGUUGGCUGUGUUGUUGGCUGUGUUGUUGGCUGUGUUGUUAGCUGUGUUGUUGGCUGUGUUGUUGGCUGUGUUGUUAGCUGUGUUGUUGGCUGUGUUGUUAGCUGUGUUGUUGGCUGUGUUGUUGGCUGUGUUGUUAGCUGUGUUGUUAGCUGUGUUGUUGGCUGUGUUGUUGGCUGUGUUGUUGGCUGUGUUGUUGGCUGUGUUGUUGGCUGUGUUGUUGGCUGUGUUGUUGGCUGUGUUGUUGGCUGUGUUGUUGGCUGUGUUGUUGGCUGUGUUGUUGGCUGUGUUGUUGGCUGUGUUGUUGGCUGUGUUGUUGGCUGUGUUGUUGGCUAGCUCCUCUGAACAACAGUGUCCUGAGGAAACCGCACAUUUCCAAUACCAGGUGAAAUCGUGCAUCAUUAGCUCAUUCUUAUGAAUAAAUGUAUCCAAAUGGCUUAGGUAUCAACCCUAGAUUUGUGUUGGGACUAUAUCUUGUGAAAGGAUUAAACAGUAUGAAUAAACAAAUGAAAAUUAAAGUUUUUAGUGAAAAUUAUGUGACUCAUUAUUGUAAUAUGUUGGUAACCCGUUGUAUAAAAGUGAUGAUGUCAGAGAAGUCUGUGAUUGGAGGAUAUUUUGGCACGGUUUUGCAGACCAAGUCUCGGG